AUCCACAGGGGGGCCUUGACCGACUCCUCUUCGACUGUCAAGAAAACGCACCGUAUAACGACGGCAUUUGCUAUCUGACAAACCUGUCUUUGAUCUGAAAGCAAAUACGAGGCCCCCUUCCCCAAAAGACUUUGCGAAGGCGACGAUUUGCGGACAGAAACGAUGGCGGAAUCGGGCAGUAGCGCGGCGGCGGCCGGAGCCGCGGGCUCGAAUAGCAGCGCCGCCGGGCCUGGAGGAGCCGUCGCACCUGGGGGACCAAGCGGAGCGGCAGGAUCCAAGCCUGGCCUGGAGUCGGUGAAGGGACAAAAUUUUGAUGUUGGCCCCCGAUACACUGAUCUCCAGUACAUCGGGGAGGGGGCCUACGGGAUGGUCUGCUCAGCUUUUGAUAAUGUGAAUAAGAUCCGAGUGGCCAUUAAGAAGAUAAGUCCAUUUGAACACCAGACCUACUGCCAGCGCACCCUGAGAGAGAUCAAAAUCCUCCUGCGGUUCCAUCAUGAGAACAUCAUCGGGAUCAAUGACAUCCUGAGAGCUCGCCACAUUGAUUAUAUGAGGGAUGUCUAUAUCGUACAGGACCUGAUGGAGACCGACCUUUAUAAACUGCUGAAGACACAGCAACUCAGCAACGACCAUAUCUGCUACUUUCUGUAUCAGAUCCUGCGAGGGCUGAAGUACAUUCACUCUGCCAAUGUGCUGCACAGAGACCUGAAGCCCUCAAACCUUCUCAUCAACACCACCUGUGACCUCAAGAUCUGUGAUUUUGGGUUGGCGAGGAUAGCUGACCCUGAACAUGACCACACUGGAUUCCUCACAGAGUAUGUGGCUACUCGCUGGUACCGUGCCCCUGAGAUCAUGCUUAACUCCAAGGGCUACACCAAGUCCAUUGAUAUUUGGUCUGUGGGAUGCAUCCUGGCUGAGAUGUUGUCCAACAGACCCAUCUUCCCUGGGAAGCACUAUCUGGACCAGCUCAACCAUAUAUUGGGUGUUUUGGGCUCCCCCUCUCAAGAUGAUCUGAACUGCAUCAUCAACAUGAAGGCCAGGAACUACCUCCAGUCUUUACCACAGAAACCCAAGAUCCCAUGGAACAAGCUGUUUCCCAAAGCAGACAACAAAGCUUUGGAUUUAUUGGAUCGCAUGUUAACCUUUAACCCUCUUAAACGUAUAAAUGUGGAGCAAGCACUGGCCCACCCCUACCUGGAGCAGUACUAUGACCCAUCUGAUGAGCCGGUAGCUGAGGAACCCUUCACUUUCAACAUGGAGCUGGACGACCUUCCUAAAGAGAAGCUGAAAGAGCUCAUCUUUGAGGAGACGGCACGCUUCCAGGCCAAUUACCAGGGCUCCUGAGAGGGACAGUCAUCACGGGGAAUAAGCGAGCAGUGCGGAGUCCCAUCUAAAGAAAACUCCAGACGACCUGCGAAAAACAUAUACAUACAUGCAUAUAUCCAUUUAAAAAAAGAUAAAAACAAGAUAAAAAAAAAGCAAAAAUGUACAUUUAAAAUCUUCAGCUUUGUUUUAUCUGUCCAUCUCUCUUUUCUCGCUGGGAAGCUGUGCGCUAGUUUGGGCUUCUAACAUCUUAUCAUAACGCCAUUAAUGGGGGCCGUCAGACUCACUAUUCUCAUCACAUCCCGCACACAGCUCCUGCUCUCUCUCUCUCUUUCUCUUUCUCUCUUUCUCUCUCUUUUUCUCUUUCUCUCCAACAAUCACAUCUUUCACCUUUUCUGUCGAUACCCUGUUUCUCUCUCUCUGUUCGGAUCCAUCUCUCUCUUUCUGUCGAGGGUCUGUCUCUCUUUUCUGCUCUGUGGUGUUCCGGGUGUUAGUUUGUUUGUUUUUUUCAUUCCAAUAGAGAUGGAAACAGAGAGAAGUUCUAGGAUGGGCACUGACCGGUGUGUGUGUGUGUAUAUAUAAGUGGUUUUGAGUUUCAUUGGAGUAUUGUAAGUCGGCGAUCUGUUUGUAUACUGUAAUUUGAACGUUUCGAUCAGUUACAAAUCGUGUUUUGUAAUGUUGGGAAUUUCUAUUUGAAUAUCUUUUGAAAAUAUAAAGUCAUUGCUUGUG